AUGGCGACGGCAGCGUGGUAUCACCGCGACAUCAGCCGCGUGCACGCAGAGGACUUGCUGGCGCGAGCCGGGAGGGAUGGAAGCUUCCUGGUCAGGGAUAGUGAAUCUGUGCCUGAAGCCUACGCUCUGUGCUUAUUAUUUCAACGCCACGUCCAUACGUAUCGCAUCCUCCCAGAUGGAGACGGCCUCCUCGCAGUCCAGACCACACAGGGAGUGCAGGUCAAUUGUUUCCGGACAUUGGAAGACCUGGUUAUUGGAUACCAACACCCGCACAAAGGCUUGGUCACCCCUUUGCUAUACCCGGUCCCCCGUGAUGCUGACACGGGAGACGAAAGCUCAGAUGAUGAGAAGACCCCCCAAAGUUCAGCCCCCAUCAGCUCGGUUACUUUUACUACACCUCCAGCAAAACCAGACACUCAUGCUUUAUUCCUGGAUAAAUUGCAGGAACUCAACACGUCAAGUACUGCCAGUGACGUGAUCGGACUGCUGAAUGACUACCUCUUCAGCGAGCUGCCCCUGGACAUUGAGAAUGUGCACAAAGGGGCCACGUCCCUUUGCCACCUCAAGCGGACUUUAAGUGUCGCCUGCCAGGGCCUGAACAGCGAGAUCGACUUGACUCUCUCCAGUCUGGAAACCCUGGCAAAGGUUUUCGACCACCCCAACUGCUCCUUGUCGAAAGCCAAUUCGCAGGGUCCUGAAAUGGAGAUGGAUGCCUUGCUGUGUAAGAUUUCUGCAUUGGUCAGUCUCCUUUCUUCUCUAGAGAAAAAGGUACUCAUGGCUCUCCAAGACGCGGUAACCAAUCACAAUCUGGCAGUACAACCUAACCCACCUCCUCUCGACCCGACGCCCAACAUUACUGCCAAGAACCAAGGACGUCGGCAGAUGCCAGUGCAUUCGUUUCAGGUGAAAAUGCUACGCUACGGCAGGCAGACUAUCUCUGUUGACGUGGAUGCAGGCGUCCUUCUCUUUGACAGGAAGGCCAACUCGAUGGACGUAGAGCGGGUCUCGCAUGACAGAGUCCUUCAGGUUGUCAAGUACCAGAGUAGUCAUGCCAAGGUACGCAUGGUGAUUGACAGCCACCAUAAUGCACCACGGGAGAUGAUAUUUGAGAGCACACGGAAGGGUGAUGCUUUCUGCCAACUCAUCCAGCUGAUGAAAACAAAGCAUUCCAAGCUGAGCGAACCUGAUGUCAUCUCUGUUUUUGUGGGCACCUGGAACAUGGGAGGUUCCCCUCCGCCUCGCAGCCUUCAGUCGUGGGUGACCUGCUGCGGCUUGGGGCACACGCCCGACGAGUCCACGGCGUUGCUGCCUCAUGACAUCUAUGCCUUGGGCACGCAGGAAAACCCUCAGGGCGAGAGGGAGUGGGCGGAGCAUGUUAAAGCCACCCUGCGGAGCCACACCCACAUUGACUUCAAACAGGUGGCAGUGCAGUCCCUCUGGAACAUGCGCCUGGCUGUGUUUGUCAAACCAGAGCAUGAGCGCCGAAUAAACCACGUGAGCACCGCAAGCGUCAAGACUGGCCUGGGCAACACUCUAGGGAACAAAGGAGCGGUCGGUGUGUCAUUCAACUUCAAUGGAACAUCUUUUGGCUUUGUUAACUGCCACCUGACCUCAGGAAGUGAGAAAGUUCUAAGGAGGAAUCAGAACUUUGUGGACAUCCUUCGGCUACUUUCAUUAGGUGACAAGCACCUUGGCGCCUUCGACAUCAGCUUGCGCUUCACUCACCUCUUCUGGUGCGGAGACCUCAACUACCGACUGGACCUGGACGUUCAGGACAUUCUGAAGCAUGUAUCGAAAAGAGAGUUUGAGGAACUCAUGUGUGCGGACCAGUUGACCCGAGAACGGCACAAGAGGAAAGGCUUUCUCUAUUUUAAGGAAGAGAAGAUUUCCUUUCCGCCAACCUACCGGUACGAAAGAGGAUCGAGAGACUGCUACCUGUGGCAAAAGUACAAGACUUCAGGGGUGCGAGUCAAUGUUCCCUCAUGGUGUGACAGGAUUUUGUGGAAGUCAUACCCAGACACACACCUCAUGUGCACAGCAUAUGGUUGCACAGAUGACAUUUUCACCAGUGACCACUCUCCUGUUUUCGCCACCUUCCAAGUUGGCGUGACGAAUCAUUUUAGCUCCAAAGCAGAUCCAGGUUCCGGUGUGGAGAGGGCAUGGGUUGAGCUAGAAGGCAUCGAGGCCAUUGUCAAAACAGCUAGCAAAGAAAAGUUCUUGAUUGACUUUUCCUCAUCUUGUCUAGAAGAAACUCGUCGCUCAAGUGAAAAUGAUUCUCAAAGCUGCGACGUUCCAGGCUUUCUCAAACUGGGCUGGUCCUUUAAACAGCUACCAAAGCUGCUUCCACAUCGGUCUGACAUGGAUUACCUCCAAGAUCAGCACCUGCUGUUAUCUGUCAAGUCAUGCGAUGGUUUCGAGUCAUACGGCGAGUGCUGUGUUGCUCUGCGCUCUCUUGUGGGCGCGUCUGAGCAGUUUGAGACCUUCCUGAGCCACCGAGGGGAGGAAAUCGGAUCCGUCAGAGGCCGGGUCCGCAUUCACGUGCCCAAGGACCGACGAGGAAGUCGCGAGAAGACGUACGAUUGGUUCCGGUUUGAAAAAGAUGAGAAAGCUCCCAGCAAGGGACACGUGUGUCACGCUUCUCCUCGAGUACAAAUAAACAGGUGUUUGUCAGCUCCUCCCAAGCCGAGCCCUAGCAGCUACACCAAUCCGGCCUACUUCAUCUUGGAGGACGUGUCGGUGGUCCGUGGUACGGAAGAGCUUCUGCCCCAGCGACGGGACCCUCAGGUGAUCUGGGCCGGAAACGAAGCUCUGCAGCUCCCCAAGAUCUCGGGACGGCGCGUCUUCAACGCCAGACGUCGCUCGGACUUCACCGAGAUCGAAAUUCCCGCCGUCCUUCCGCAGUACUCAUCCGCUCCUCUUCAAGCGCCUCAACCCGACUCCUCUUAUGAGCUUUUUCCAGCCAAGAAGCCUUCUCCCAUUUCUCCACCUUCUAGCAAAAGUGUCUCGCAGCGUCAGGAGUCUAAAUACCAGCCGAAAAACUCUAUUUUACCAGAUAAGAACCUGAGGAACCUGUACAUGAAUCAAUCAGCAAUUAUGCGGCAAAAAACCAAGAGGGAUCUGCAAGAGAGGACCGAUCCUCUCAGGAAAACUAAGGCCCCGCCGGUUUUCCAAUUCACCCCCAUUCCUGCUCCUUUAGAACACUGCCGGCCCACCCCUUGGGUGGCAGAACAGCAGCAGUGGCGGCAGCCCCCUGGACCAUUGGGAGACAACUCUCUCACUGCUCUACAGAUUGCCAAAUCACUCAGUGAGGUUGACUUCUUCCCUUCAAAACCGUCCUAUCCCAGCUUGAGGUCAGGCUAUGGGAACGGUCCUGUCUUGAACACGGAGCGGCGCCACAGCUGGGAGAAUGAGGUAUCUGUGCUCCAAGGUGCUCCAGAGACCGUUUGUGAGCUUCUCAGUGCACUAGGACUCCAAAAAUACACCUUGGGGCUCAGUCUUAAUGGCUGGGAUGAUCUGGAUUACUUCAGUGGCAUCACAGAAGAUGAUCUGCGCGCUGCGGGAGUUACCAACUCAUCGCACCGUCGCAGGAUUUUGGAGAACCUGCCUCGUAACUGGAACUAA